AAUUAAAAGAACAAUCCGGCCUCUCUUUCGAUCGAAACCCUCCGCCUCCGUCUCAUCGAUUCCUCCUCUCAUCCAUGACCGUCGGCGCCGCCUCCUCCGAUCGACCGCCGCCUCCCGCGGCCGCCGCCACCCGCCUCUCCCCGGGCUUCCGUUUCCACCCAACCGACGAGGAGCUCGUCAGCUAUUACCUCAAGCGGAAGGUUUGCGGUCGGUCGCUCCGCGUCGACGCCGUCGCCGAGGUUGACCUCUACAAGCACGAGCCCUGGGAUCUCCCCGUCCUCUCUCGGAUCCAGAGCCGCGACCUGGAGUGGUACUUCUUCAGCCCCCUCGAUCGCAAGUACUCCAACCGAUCGCGGACCAACCGUGCCACCGCGGAGGGUUAUUGGAAGACUACCGGCAAGGACCGGCCAGUACGCCGUGGCCCCCGCAUCGUCGGCAUGAAGAAAACGCUCGUGUUCCAUGCCGGCCGGGCGCCGCGCGGCACCAGGACGAACUGGGUGAUGCACGAGUACCGCCUCGAAGAUGAGGAGUUGACCCAGGCCGGGAUUUCGCAGGAUGCGUAUGUAGUAUGCAGGAUCUUUCAGAAGAACGGUGCUGGGCCCCAAAACGGGGCACAGUACGGAGCACCAUUUCUUGAAGAAGAAUGGGAAGAAGAGGCAGAUAUGGGACCGGUUUUGAUGCCAGAUGGUAGGGAAGAUGAAUUUAACGAAGCCACAGAAAAGGAGUAUUUGCAAUUCAGUGACUUCCUGCAGAAUGAAGACUUGGAGAAUAAACAUGUGAAUGAUUCCAAUUUUGUGGCAGAUCUGGAUCGGAAGGACUGUGUUAGCCUUCCAGAAGAUGCCACCAUUUUGCUGGAUGAGGUACCUUUCACCAACAUGGUCGAGUUUGUUAAUGAACCUGGACAACAGAUUAAUCCAACUCCCAUUGAUGACAUGGAAAAGAAGCCUCUCAUUGAAGAUUUUGCACAUUAUCAUACUCGUCCAAAUGACAAGGAUGAAUACGUGGAGUUGGAUGACCUUGCAGAUUCUGCAAAUGUGGUGUACCCCUUCAGUGAAGAAUAUGGUUUUCCUAUAAAAGCUUGCCAUGCUAAGAAUACGCAUGGGGCAGGUGGAAAUAGCAACUUACAGAAGAUACUUGAUGUUGAGGAGUUCUUUGACACAAUGAGCGAAAAUUCCGAUCAUUUAGAAUCACUCCAGAUGUCCCCAGUGCAGGAGAAUUUCUUUGUCCAACCAAAUGAUUCGAAUCCUUUAGCCGAGGGCUGUCCAUCCAGUCAACAGCUUCAAGAGAAAACGGUAUUCUAUGAUGCACCUAGUGACAAUCCAUCAUUCAGGCAUGAAAAUGCUCCAGUGAAUGGACUUCUGUACUUACCCGCCUAUAACCCAUCUGGUUUUGAGAUGGUUGAUGACUUGCUAGCUUACUUUGAUGCUACUGAUGGUAGUUUACAUCAUGACACUAUGGGUUUUACAGGAAGACCAGAGUGUAUCAAUUCAUCUGAUCAGUCCACCUUUACUGGAGAGGUUGAUGGCGGCAAUUGCCCAACAAGUAAGGCAACAGCACAGGUGCUAGAUAUAGAUACUGUGGGUGGAGCAUCGUCAUCAGCUUCAUCUGUAGCUUAUAAGCAGUCUAAGGGCAAUUAUGAGGAGGUUGCUGUAAGACCAGAUGUCCAAAUGAGUGAUGCCAACGACAAAACUGUUACGAAACAUCUGUUGAACAUGUUGGGCUCAAUCCCUGCGCCUCCUGCAUGUGCUGCUGAGUUUCCUUCUGGGUCAGGAAAGUCUGUGGCACAAAUCCCUGGAAACCACUCAGCCAGUUCAAUCCAUGUCACAGCUGGGUUUUUUCACAUUUGCGGUUCAACUAUGUCAGAAAAUGCUGGCUACUGGUCCUUGCAGAAGAAUGGACAUGUGGAUCUCAUCCUUUCCUACAACAGUAUGGCAGAUAAUCUAGUCAGAAAAACUGUGGGCCCUGGAUGUAUCGCAAAGAAUCAGGUUGAUGUGGUGUCGGUGAUGCUUCGAGUUGGCUUAUAUGUUUUCUUCCUUUCAGCAUUGAUUCUUACAAUCAGCCAUAAAGUGGGAAUGAGUAUUUGUGGAAGGUAAGUUGGCUUUUAUCCCAGUGACAGUUUACCUGAAAACUAUGUAUGCUCGUGUUCGGGGAUUAUGCAAUGUAUGUGUCUUAACUUGGAAGUGUAGCUGGUUCAACAAUGCCAUUUUGAUAGAAGCUGGUUCAAAAAUAUGUAGAGGAUUACAUUGUAUUUGGUUGUAGGUAGCUCCACAAUGUUUAACAGGACAUCAUUUUCUGGUUGAAGUAUUGCCUAAUUGGCAAUUCCUUAAAGCCUUAAUGUAUGAGACUGGGUUUACUCCUCUUCA